AUGGUCAGCCUUAAAUCAACAUUCAAUCUCUUUUUCGGGUGUUGUUUAAGUGCAUUUUUAAUGGAAAUAAUGAUCUCUAAAAAUCCAAAUUGCGCAAAUUUAGUAACAUUCCUCCAAUUUCUUUGUAUAACUUUACAUGGAUUGCUGAAGAUCAAACACAAAGUGUUUACACCUAAAAUACCUCUUGGGCAAUAUUUUGUUCUUAUUAGUUUGUUUUUUGUAACUAGUGUGGCAAAUAAUUUUGUGUAUGCUUUGCAUGUAGCAUCCACACUUCAUAUGAUAAUCAGGUCAGCUUCAUCACCAGCUAGCAUGUUAGUUGCAUGGUACGUAAAAAACAGAGUGCCAAAAGUUAAUGCAAUAAUUGGGUCUGUUAUAAUUUCAAGCGGUGUUACUAUUGCAAUGUAUGGCGGAGCUAAAAUAAUUGAAGAAGAAACUAAAUUCCUACAUUGGUGUAUUGGUGUUGUGAUACUGUUGACAACUCUAAUUACUGGUGCUUUUACUGGCCUACAGCAAGAAAGAUUGUAUGCAACAUAUGGCAAAUUUCCUGAAGAGAUGCUGUUUUACACACAUGCAAUACCUCUACCCUUGUUCCUGAUAAUAAUGCCAGAGUUAGGUGCAAUUGCACUUAGUCUUCCAUCAUACUUGUGGUAUAUCCUAGUUUUAAACAUUAUAGCACAAUUUUAUUGUGCAAAUUCCGUCCACAUUUUGGGCACAAAGGAAUCAUCAGUCACAGUAACUUUUAUAUUGACUGUGAGAAAGUUUGUUUCGCUUAUAAUUUCAUCUGUAGUUUUCAAGAAUAGUUUGACAAUUUAUCAUGUAGUUGGAGCAGUACUUGUAGUAAUUGGAACUUAUUUUUAUUUCUUUGUUAAUAAGCAACAACCACUUAGAAGUUAUAAGAAGAAAUAG